GUGGCCAUUGUGAAAAUAUUUGUAUGAGCCAAAAAUCCACCUUCAAACACUGCCAGUGCUUCCCAGACCACCAAUCACCAUCGCCCCAAUAUUAAAUCUGUUUGUGUCUCAAAUAUUGAAUAUAAAUUAUAUGUCUGGGGAAUUUGGUAAUCAUUCAUGAGCACGAGAGAGAGAAAUAGAGACACACAGAGAGACAGAGACAGAGAGAGUGGCUGGGAUUUUGAUGUUUUUUUUGUGAAAAACACUGAUAAGCCCCAAGCCAAUCUCUGUGCUUUUGAUUUGCAUCCUCUAUAUUACUGUGGGGUUGUGUCUCAACCACAUCUCUCUCUCUCAACCAUUUUCUCUCACUCAUUUUCUGUGAAAAAAAUAUUUAUACAAAUUUUCGACCCUAGAGUUUUAGAGCGGUUGUUGUUGAUGUGGUAAUUUUUGUCCUACCCAACCUCUCUCUUGUGGUUCUGAAUUCCCAAGAUUCAAUCUUUUUCAAUUUCCAUUUGUUUCUUUUUACUCAUAGAUUCUCUCUCACCAAACACCUUCCUACUUUUAUUUUUUUUUGAGAGCCCUUUUCCAAAAACUUUGGGUUAUUAGCUUCCAUGUUCUUUUCACUAUCUGAUUUCAUAAUCUAAUUUGAGGAUAACGUUCAUCCCUUUUGGUUCUUUUUUUAAGCUUUUGAUUUCUAUCAUUUGCUUGGGUUUUUAUUUGGGUGGCCGAUAAACAUUUAAUCGAUGGGGGAUGUCGCCAAGGAUCUAGCUUCUGGGACUAUUGGAGGGGCUGCACAGUUGAUAGUCGGGCACCCAUUUGACACCAUCAAGGUCAAACUCCAAAGCCAGCCUGUUCCACUCCCUGGCCAACCCCCCAAGUAUGCUGGUGCCAUAGAUGCCGUCAAGCAAACAAUAGCUGCUGAAGGCCCAGGAGGUUUGUACAAAGGCAUGGGAGCUCCUCUUGCCACAGUGGCUGCCUUCAAUGCUGUCCUCUUCACGGUUAGAGGUCAAAUGGAAACUUUGUUGAGGACCGAACCUGGUGCCCCUCUUACAGUUAACCAGCAAGUUGUUGCUGGGGCUGGAGCUGGGGUUGCUGUUUCUGUGCUAGCUUGCCCCACUGAAUUGAUUAAGUGCAGGUUGCAAGCCCAAAGUGCAUUGGCAGAUUCUGGAUCAGCCGCUGUGGCAGUGAAGUAUGGAGGGCCAAUUGAUGUGGCCAAGAAAGUUCUCAAAUCAGAAGGGGGUACUAGGGGUCUCUUUAAGGGUUUGGUUCCCACCAUGGCACGUGAAGUACCCGGAAAUGCUGCAAUGUUUGGUGUCUAUGAAGCACUCAAGCAGUUCUUUGCAGGAGGCCAGGAUACAUCUAGUUUGGGUAGAGGCUCUUUAAUUGUGGCUGGAGGUUUGGCUGGAGCUUCCUUCUGGGGCUCUGUCUACCCAACUGACGUUGUGAAGAGUGUAAUUCAAGUAGAUGAUUACAAAAAUCCCAAGUACUCUGGCUCAAUCGACGCAUUUAGAAAGAUCCUGGCAUCCGAAGGAGUCAAAGGCCUGUACAAGGGUUUCGGACCUGCCAUGGCUCGAAGUGUUCCUGCAAAUGCAGCAUGCUUCUUGGCAUAUGAAGUAACAAGGUCGAGUUUGGGAUGAUGAAGGUUCGUUUGGCCUAAUUUGCUGCCCCUAAAAAUUCAGUUGAAUUUUACAGUUAUCUUCAUUUGGCUAAUCUCAAUGCCGUUUUUCUGCACAUUGAAUUUGCAACUUGGUAUCGAUGUCUUCAUAAUUUGUAACGUCAUUUGGUGCAGGAUAAAAAAACAUUCUUUCACCAAUCAUAUAAGUGCAUUAGUGGCAGAAAUUUGUUUUACAAAUUCUGUUGCAAUGACUUUUCUUUUUCCUUUUUAUCUUGUGUCUUCUUUAGCAGAGGAAAUAAUUUAAUUGCAAGAGGCCAACUUGGUCUUCAAGUAUAA